GACAUAUGUUCUGGGAGCAUGCGCAGUAGCAGCGCACAGACAGGCUGUUGAGUUUAGUUUAUUUAUUUCUUCAAACUUCGCCUGUUUUUGGUUUAUAUGGACUUUAUACGGGGACUUUGUCUGUUUAGUGCGUCAUUUUUAGCACAUUAACAUCAAAAUAACUCCAAAAUGUCAGGUUUUAGCGCGGAGAUAAUCGAUUAUUUGGAAGGAAGAAUCACUUUUGAAGAGUUUGACAGGAGGAGAGAUGAGCGGAAAACAGCGGAGAGCACUCAGGCAUCAGCAGGAGCAGGAGGUGAAGUGGAGGAGGAGGAGGAAGAGGCUGCACCAUCCACAUCUGCUCUGCUCACUGAGAAGAUUGAGGGAGUCAGCCCCGGUGUGCAGAUGGCGUUCGCCUCCAUCCUCGGACAGUCCAAACCUGAGCUCUCUUCAGAAGACGAAGAAGAGGACGCAGAAGACGAAGACGAGGACGAGGACGGCGACGCACUGAGCUACGUGGACGACGUCAACGAUGAAAACUACAAGAUUGAACCAGAGGAGGAGACCCGAGAAGAAGAGGAGCGAGCGAAAAAGAGUGAAGGGAAAAAGAAGGCAAGGAGCAGAGGCAGAAAGAAAGACGGAAUGAUGAAGGAGGAGGACGGAGAGAAUCCCACGGCCGGAGAUGUGUUCGCUCUGGAGAUGGAACUGAACAGAGAGAGCAAGAAGCUGAUGAGGGAGCGUCGUAACCGUAGCAAACUUCCUCGUGCUCUCAGAGGCCUCAUGGGAGAAGCAAACAUCCGCUACGCCCGAGGAGAGAAGAGCGAUGCUAUUUUAAUGUGCAUGGAAAUCAUAAGACAAGCUCCUAUGGCCUACGAGCCUUUCUCCACUCUGACCAUGAUCUACGAGGACGACGGGGACAUGGAGAAAGCUCUGCAGUUUGGCCUGAUCGCGGCUCAUCUCAACCCCUCCGACUGCGACGAGUGGAUCCGAUUGGCCGAAAUGUCCCUGGAACAAGACAACAUCCGCCAAGCCAUCGUCUGCUACUCCAAAGCCAUCAAGUACGACCCCACCAACGUGCGGUACCUGUGGGAGCGCUGUAACCUGCACAUGCGUCUGGGGGAGCACAGGCCGUGUAUGGAUGGCUAUCGCAAAAUCCUGUCUCUGCUGCCCAUGGAGGAGGGAGAGCACUUCAUGCAGCUCUCCAAAGACAUGGCCAAGAGUUACUACGAGAGCAACGACCUCCCCGCCGCUCUGGGGGUGAUGGAGGAAGCGCUCUCUCGACACCCAGAUCUGGUCAGUGACGACAUCGUGAACAUGGCGGGGGAGCUCUACAUCGCCAACAAGCAGUACAACGAGGCAGUGCAGAUUUUGGAGAAGUUUUCUGGAGUUCAGGUGGCAAGGAACGAACCUACACCUGAACCUACAGCGCAGACGAGUGCAGAGGGGAGCGGGACGGAGAGCGGCGAGAUGGAAAGUGUCAAGGAGAAGCCAAAGGAACAAUACGGUGAAAUUAAAGACGUGCAGGUUCCAGACAGCGUCCCCAUAGACCUAAAGGCCAAGCUCAUCGUCUGCCUCAUUCACCUGAACGUCUUCAGCCCUCUGGAGGGUCUGGUGGCUUCGCUGACUGAACAAAGCGCAGAGGAAAUCGGGGACUUGUAUCUGGAUGUGAGUGAGGCGUAUUUGGAGGAGGGAAGGUACCUCCUCGCUCUGCCUCUGCUGACCUCGCUGGUCAUAUCGGAGAAGUACAACCUCGCUGUCGUUUGGCUCCGUCACGCUGAGUGUCUGAAGGCGUUGGGUCACAUGGACGCUGCUGCCGACAGUUACUCCAAAGUGGUGGAGAAGGCCCCGCAGCAUCUGGAGGCUCGUUUGUCUCUGGCCACUCUCCUGCAGCAGCUGGGACGUCCCAAAGAGGCCCUCAAAGCCCUGGAGCCCAUGUACGACAGUGAGACGCUAGCACAGGACUCCUCCGCCGCGCAGAAGGAGCUGAAGCUGUUGUUGCAUCGUUCGACAUUACUCAAAACCCAAGGACAAACCGAGGGCUAUUUGGAUUCGAUGAUUAGUAUGAUCUCGAUGCUGCUCAAGGUGGCCAUGCAGCGCGCUAAAGUGUCUGUCCGCUGUGUCAACGUAUCAGGAGAGACUCACCUGAGGCUGGCGAAGGCCCAGGCCCCGGAGCCAGAGAUCACAGACAAUGAAGCGGCCUAUCUGGACAACACAGGUAAAACCAACGUGCUGUCUAAGGAGGACUGGUGGCAGCUGCUGUUGAGCUGCCUGUUCACGCUGUGUGAGGUUCACCGGUACGAGGAGACGGAUCUGCUCGUGGAGUCCGCCAUGGAAUUUUACUCUUUCUAUGACAACAAGGAGAAGAGGAGGGAGCUCGAGUUUAUCGGCCUCUCCGCGACGAUCCUGGACCAGAACCACUACAAAGCAUACAACUACAUCAGAUUGAUGUUAAUGGAAAAUGUGAAUCUGCCUCAGCUUUGGAACAUUUUUAACCAGUUGACCUCCAAGUCGUUGCACCAGCGCCACCACCGGUUCUGCCUGAGACUGCUGCUCAAAUAUCCCGACAACCACGCCCUGAGUGUCCUGUGUGGACACAACGCCAUGGUGUCAGGGAGCUUCAAACACGCCCUGGGUCAGUACAUCCAGGCGUUUCAAACUCAGCCCCAAACUCCUCUGUACAGUUUGUGCUUGGGGCUGACGUACUUCCACAUGGCGUGUCAGAAGUACGUGGCCAAGCGUCACGCACUCGUCCUACAGGGUUUCUCCUUCUUGUGGCGAUACGUGGAACUGCGUGGAGAGUGUCAGGAGAGUAUGUACAACAUCGGGAGAGCGCUGCAUCAGCUGGGCCUCGCUCAUUUGGCCAUUCAUUACUAUGAGAAAGCACUGAGUCUGCCACCGGAGAAACUAGAGGGAAUAGAAGAAGACCAGGUGGAUCUACGAAGAGAAAUCUCCUUCAACCUCUCCCUCAUCUAUCAGGCCAGUGGAAACAUGGAGAUGGCUCAUCAGCUCAGAAGGACACACUGCAUCGUUUAAAGUACAAAGCUCACGACUCAGACUCUGUACGCUGUGUCUGAAUGUCUCUCCCAGCUCCUGACCUCUCAUUCACUGUAGAGCUUCAUUCACAGCGCGAUUCGGACACAGAGCUCACUACUUUCAGGUCACAUGACUCUGGCGUCAGGGUGAAAAAAGUCUAAAAAUUAAACUCUGAUAAAACUUGAAUGAUCAGAACAGUAUUUAUGGACGAAUACUAACUGGAUUUUACAUAAACAGACUGGAUUAUUCUUGUUUUUUUUUACCUAAGAUGUGUAAAUUCUCUCUCUGUUAACCACUUAAGCUAAGGUAAACCGCUAACGCUAGCAACUUCACACAGCAACAGUUUAUUUAAUCGUUUUUUAUUCAUAAUCAGGAUCAACAGAGCGAUAGUCCAGCGCUUCUUUCUGCUUCAUUCAGUCGUGUUGCGUCCAGUUAAACACCUGUCGCUGUCCGCUGUUGUUUUUCCAACUCAAGGUGCAUUGUGGGGGAUUUUAAGCGCACUAUUUUCUCACCAAAUGGACAUUCAGACAGCGCUAAAAAUGGCGUGACCCGUAAACAGCGCCCUCUGUAUGGACUAGCGUGGACGUUCAAACACAGUGUCUUAAAGGUUUAAAAGUAUAAAUGUGUAUAAAAUUUGUAAGUAGGUUAAUUAUUUUCAGUACUGUUUUGUUCUUGCUGUUUACUGCCUGGUGUAAAUAUGUAUAAAGUGUAAUUAUAAUGUUUUUUGGGUUAUUUCACUUGACUUUCUUUGUUAAAGGCUGGAUUAUGUCACACGUAAUCCUCUCUUC